AUGGAGCCUCCCCCCUCUCUGAGCUUGGCUCUGCUAGGAGGGAGUGAGGAUGAGGACCAGCGCUUCCUCCUUCCCCUGGGCAGUAUAUCCCAUCCUUCCACCGCUGGCAACCAGCCAGGAUCAAACCACUCCAACCACAUGGGAGGAUCAAGCCUUGACCGUCUAAAUGGCAGCACCCCGUCCCCGUCCACUGCCACGCCCAACCUGCCUCCAACAUCACUCCCCAAGUUGCCCCUGUCAUCGUCUGGUGCCCAGCCUCUGCCGCCACCCAUCCCCAACGCCCUGCACCCCACCAGCACCCCGCUCUCCUCCUGCCUGGGAUCCCAGCACAGCCUGAGUGGGGACAACUCCCCGGUCUACAACGCCCUCUUUUACUCCUCCCACUCGCCCUCCAUGGAUCGGGAGAGGGACAGAGAGCGUGACAGGGACAGGGAGAGGGAGAGAGAGAGGGGCUGCAAACACAGACAGGCGAGCCCUCUGGUCCACCGUCGGGACAGUAACCCCUUCACGGAGAUCGCCAUGAGCUCCUGUAAGUACACAGGCGGGGUCAUGAAGCCUCUGAGCCGUCUCAGCGCCUCCCGCAGAAACCUCAUCGAAUCAGACAGCAGCAGCGAGACCAAAGAGGGCGGUGUUUCAGCUGUUGCCGGAGCAACGGCUGCUGGGGGACAUGACCGACAGCGUGAAGCCCCUCCUACCUCCUCGUUGGCCCAGACCUCUGCCAACCAACCCCCAAUUCAGAGCCCCCCAGAGAUUGUGAUUUCAUCCAAAGAAGACUCACCGUACCCCAGAGGGGGGUAUGACAUCAGCGACUCCACAUCCAACCAGAUGUCCAUAUACCACCAGAACCACGCGCUGGUGGAGAGCAGGCGGGCGCAGCCGGGGAGGGGAAGCAGGCAGGGGGGAGUUGGGGCAGUGGGCACCGGGGCCAGGGGCAGCACCUCCAAGGCCCCCAAAAGGAAGAACCAAAACAUUGGCUAUAAACUGGGGCAUCGCAGGGCGCUGUUCGAGAAGAGAAAGAGGCUGAGCGACUAUGCUCUCAUCUUCGGGAUGUUUGGCAUCGUCGUCAUGGUGAUUGAGACGGAGCUGUCGUGGGGCGUGUACACCAAGAGCUCCAUGUAUUCUCUGGCCCUGAAGUGUCUGAUCAGUCUGUCCACAGUGAUACUGCUGGGCCUCAUCAUAGCCUACCAUGCACGGGAAGUUCAGCUGUUCGUCAUCGACAACGGAGCGGACGACUGGCGCAUUGCCAUGACGAUGGAGAGGGUUCUGUUGAUCGCUCUGGAGCUGCUGGUGUCUGCCGUGCAUCCAGUUCCCGGGGACUUUAAGUUUCAGUGGCGGGCACGGCUGGCUUUCUCGUAUGCGCCGUCACAGGCCGAGGCUGAUCUGGACAUGGUGCUGAGCGUGCCCAUGUUCCUGCGCCUCUACCUCAUCGCCAGAGUCAUGCUUCUGCACAGCAAACUCUUCACUGACGCCUCCUCCAGGAGUAUAGGUGCCCUAAAUAAGGUGCAUUUUAACACACGAUUUGUAAUGAAAACCCUCAUGACUAUCUGCCCCGGGACGGUGCUGCUGGUCUUCAGCAUCUCUCUGUGGAUCAUCGCCGCCUGGACCGUACGAGUGUGCGAGAGGUAUCACGAUGCCCAGGAUGUAACCAGUAACUUCCUGGGAGCCAUGUGGCUAAUCUCCAUCACGUUCUUGUCCAUCGGCUAUGGAGACAUGGUUCCUCACACCUACUGUGGCAAAGGAGUCUGCCUGCUCACAGGAAUCAUGGGUGCAGGCUGUACGGCUCUGGUGGUUGCCGUGGUAGCCAGGAAGCUGGAGCUGACCAAGGCCGAGAAACACGUACACAACUUCAUGAUGGACACGCAACUCACCAAGAGGAUAAAGAACGCAGCAGCUAACGUGCUAAGGGAAACCUGGCUCAUCUACAAACACACCAAGCUGAUGAAGAAGAUCGACCACUCCAGAGUCCGCAAGCACCAGCGGAAGUUCCUCCAGGCUAUACAUCAAUUACGCAGUGUGAAAAUGGAGCAGAGGAAACUCAGUGAUCAGGCCAACACACUCGUGGACCUCUCAAAGAUGCAGAGCGUCAUGUAUGAGCUGAUGUCGGAGCUGAACGACCGCAGCGAGGACUUGGAGCGCCAGAUGCUGUCCCUGGAGCAGCGGGUGGAGCAGCUCACCGCCGGCUUCAACACCCUGCCUGCCCACCUCUCAGCCACCCUCAGCGCCCAGCACGCCGCCCUGGUCCACUUGCUUCGAGAGCGGGACGCAAGGGAUGGUAGAGGAGGUAGUGGAGGAGGUGCUGUGGUCCCGCUGUCCCCAGCUCCCCCUUUAACCACUGCUCCAGCUUCAGUUCCUCCCGUCCAGGUCGCAGCAACACCCCCCUCCCAGGUCCCUUCUUUGGCCUUGGAGUCCCCUCUGUCGCCCCCACCACUGAGCCCAGAGGGGAGCCUAGAGGCUAGUCCCAACCUCAACACCUGCACUUCUAGCUGCUGAAGACAGCUCUGAGGACCAGGAGAGGACA